AGGGUUUCAACUGAUAUUUUCCUUUCAGUUGGAAAUCCUUUGUUCAUCAAAGGAGGAGUUUCAACCCACGGUUGGAAUUCCUUUGUUCAUAUCAAACUUUUAUCUUCAGAAAAUUCAUAUCUUAUUCCAUUCUUUCAUAUUUUUUUUUUUUACCUAGAGCGUACAUUCUCAUCUUUAAACCACCAGUUUCUCAUUGUUCAUAUUUUCUGUACGCAAACAAAAUGUGUUGUGGAUUAGGCUGUUGCGCACUAUUAUGUUGUUUUCCGAGGUGUAUGUGCAACAUUAUUCUCUCCAUUCUCACCACCUUAGGUUUAGCAGUUUUUAUUUUUUGGUUAAUCUUCCGCCCGAUAAACCCAUUGAAAUAUCACGUUGAUAAUGCUUCGCUUACUCAAUUCAAUGUUACCGGUAACGACAUGCUGCAUUACGAACUUGCCGUAGAUUUGAGUUUAAGAAACCCGAAUACGAAAAUCGGUGUUUGCUACGAUCAGAUUGAAGCUAGAGCUUUUUAUGAUGGUCAGAGAUUCGAUUCGGUUAUGUUAACACCCUUCUAUCAAGAUUAUAAGAAUACGACUAUUCUUCAUCCAGUUUUCAAAGGGCAAAGGCUAUUACCAAAUGUGCAAGGUGCAUACGAUAAAGAUGUGAGUGAUGGGAAAUUCAAUAUUGAAGUUAAACUCUAUAUUAAGAUGAGAUUUAAAGCUGGUGACGUUGAGACUAUCAGGGUCAAUCCGGGGUAUAAAUGUGAGCUUGAAGUUCCUUUGGGUUCUGCAACUGGCUUCACUCCUCAAAAGUGCACCUUCGGUUAUUGAUUCCGUGGUUGACAAUACUUUCAGUUCCUUUUAGUUCAAGUUUAUAACUUAUUUAGGUACAUUUUUUUUCGACAAUUGUGGUACAUUGUUGGUGAUAUUGUAUUCAAUUCAUUUAAAAAGAAAAAAAUGAAUUAGUGUAUGAGCGGCGAUGUAGUUGUGAUUAAUUUGAGACGGUUACACUAGAUAUGGAAAAGUUUGCAGGUAGAUGGAAUCGGCGGUUGGCCGGCCUAUAUUCAUUUAGGAAAAUGGAGUUUAGUCAAAACUGGUUAAUGAAGUCUUUCCCUUUCCUUAGAUCACAAUGUACAAUAAUAACCAGGUGAUUUUCUAUUU